ACGUGUAUGAAAAAAAACCUUUUAUCAAAUUACUCCGGAAAAAAGGAAUCCCGAUUGGCCUCUCGUCCUGCCCCCCAGGCCACAGAUCCCAGCCCUCGCCGCCGCCGCCGCCGCCGCCGAGUAGGUUGUUGCGCGCUGACGGCCACGCGCGGCGGGGGAGGUCGCCGCGUGUCUCGAAGAGGAGGCCGCCGUCGCAACUCCGGCCGUCUGCAAUUACCCCGGACGGCGGGGAGCCGCCGCCACGGGCUGCGACCAGCUCACAAGUAGCCAGUCUUAUCGUUUUGCUGCUUGUGGAAGGAAGCUCCAGAGAUAUGGCAGAACCGUGGCCACCGUAUUCAUCAUCAUCUCGUGGGAAAAAGAAGCGACCACGCUCUCCUAAUGACGACGCCACAAGUUCACAAGGCAGAACCGAGAACAGCACAAGCCUUGAGGACAACCUUAUAUUCAGUGAUACUUUGAUAGCUCUACAGUUGAUGCGCACACAGUUCCCAAAGCUAGAGAAGGUUGUAACACAGCCUUUCAUUUUACAGUCCCAAUUGUAUAGCAGCGUGAAGGACAGGACACAAGUUGAUAGAGAUUUGGAGUCACUGAAGAAAGACAGAGUACUCCGUGUAUUCAAACUCAAUACUGGGCAGGAUGACCAUGCAAUCAUGUUCAUGGAUGAUUAUCUGAAACAGAUGGAAUCUGCUGUCAGGAGGUCAAAGGGUAAAAACCAAGAUUGCAGUGAAGUGUUUGAGUGGUUUGAGAAAUAUGUUCUGCCUUCGAAAUUGGAUGUUAGCAUAGAUCACCUAGAGCUGGUAAGUUUCAGCCAGUGUUCACUGUUAUCACAUGGGGGUGAUGCAAGAGAUAAACAUAUCACCUUAUUGAUGAAUGCUGGUCUCCUAACACGCCAACUAAUAGAUCCAAACAUGUACUGGUUUUCUAUUCCAAGUAUUGGCCCUAUCUUGAAAGGCCUAACCCAGGGGAGGAAGGAAGUUCUUUCGUUAUUGAACCGUCGGAAGUACAAGGAGAUGCUACUAUCUUCACUGGAGAAGACGAGGUUAAGAUUAUCACCUCUUGACGUGCGGUUCCACCUCCGCGAUCUGAUUGGGUCUGGUCAGAUAAAGACGGUUCAAACAGCCACUGGCUUACUUGCUCGCGUGUCAACAGAUUGAUAAAUACACCUUUGGAUAAAAAAAGAAUCAACAGAUUUCGCUUCUUCUGAUAAGAAUAGUAUUUCCUGCUCAGGCAGCAAAAGUAGCCAGAGUUUAUUUUAUUGGUUCCUGCAUUCUUUAAGGUCAAUUAGUAGGGUGUAUUUUCUUUUCUGAGAGGUAUUAUGUUCUUGAUCUGAUUAAUGUUGUAUAGGAAUCAUGAUGAAAUACUAGAAAUUUUACGUACCGAAUGAAUUGUUUCCUGUGGAAAGCAUGCAACAUAGUGUGGAAUCUCCAUGUAUUCAUGUGUAACAAAUGGGGCAACUGGCAUUUUUGCCCCAGAUGAUAUGCGAUGAUGUUUAGACUGUUA